CUUCUGGAAUCCGUCCAUCGGAAAGUUCAGAAAUUUGCCGUCGUUGGAAGAUCAACGCUUCUCCGUCGUUAUCUCGGGGUUCGACUCUAGGGUUCAUACUUUGGGAUCUGAUUCGUGGAGAAGGAUUCAGCACUUUCCCUCCCCUCUAAAGCACACCAAAAUGGCAAAACCCUAGCAAUAAUUGACUGCAUUGAGCUAGGUAGCUAGCCACCCACGGAAUUUAAAGAACCUAAAGGAGAAGGAAGGCUAAACCACUCAACUAGGCAAACGCUGCAUCUUUCUCCUCUAUGGAAGUUCUUUGAAUGCCCCUUCGCCCUCCAUCGUCGAGCCCCGUCCAGCCGUCGUCGUCCAGCGCCUCUCCCUUUCUGGCAGCCACCGCGUCUUCCUCCACUCCUCCCUGCACUCUGCCACUCUCUAUCUGCAUCAUCAAGAAUGGAGACUCUGCCACUCUAAUUGAUUCCUAAACUCAAUUCGAAGCCGUCAUAUCAACAACAUGAAUCUCAUAAUUUAGGGGACAACCCUACAAUUAGGAAGGGAUUGGAGGCAAUCACUAGUUCCCUUAAUCACUUAGGUGACACCUUUGAGAAGGCUUUUGAGGAAGGCCGAAUGAUCGUGGAGAGCAAGACAGCAGAAUUGAAGACUCAAAUCCGUCUUAAAGGAAGUCACGAGGACAAUGAAUCACAACUCAAGGCAUCUCGAGAAGUAUUGCCAACUAUGUGGCAAUGGCAACGGCUGCCAAAGCAAAACUACUUCUUCGCGAGCUAAAAACUGUUAAAGCAGAUUUGGCUUUUGCAAAAGCCAGGUGUUCUCAACUAGAAGAAGAAAAUAAAAUGCUCCGCGACUGUGAUACCACUACCACUAAGGGACAGAACCGUGAAGAUGAUGAUAUGAUUCGGUUUCAACUGGAGACGCUUCUUGCCGAGAAGGCUCGCUUGGCAGGUGAGAAUGAGGUAUAUGCUAGGAAAAACCAUUUCCUAAGGGAGAUUGUGGAGUACCAUCAGCUGACAAUGCAGGAUGUAGUGUACCUGGAUGAUGGCAUCGCCAAAGUCUCAGAGGUUUAUGACAGCUCGAGUGGGGUGUCCCGUAUAACAUCUUUCAACCCAUCACCAUCAGAAUCACCUCUUCGAGUGGUUAUUCGGAACUCAGAAAGUUCACCUAUUCUCCCAAACGAGAUGUUAACUGUGAUAGAGAAAGAUAGUAAGAGAGUAUCAGAAAAUGAGGCUCCUCUUCCUAGUGGCAGCUUCUCCAAAGUGAUAUAUCUGUUCUCCUUCAAACAAUAGCAUUUAGUUUAGAUGGGGUUCUUCUUGUUUAGAAGCAAGGAAAAUGCAUGUUUUUCUUUUUUGUAGCAUUUAUUAAUUUGUUUCUAUUUUUUACCACUGUGAGGAAGAAGCUGGGUGAUAUUUCAGGAAACUACACAUUUAUUUAUUUAUUUAUUUUUGUGUGACUUAUGUUCAUGGUUUUUGAUUGU